CACAAAUCAUCCUAAUAACAUUUGAUUUGAAAAUUCAAAUGCAAUCACUAAUCACAGCCAUUGCUCUCUCUCUCUCUCAUUAAUUUCUGUAAAGUAAAGGUUGAAGAAGAGCAAGGGAACUCAAAAACCAAAACCAAAACAAGGAGUACAAAACAGAGGACCAUGACCCUGCAUGAUGUUUAAACUCUAUUAAGAUCUUGCUUGGUUGUGCUUUUGCUAUAAACCCAAACCAUAGAGAGAGGGAAGAAGAUUCCACCCUUCAUUUAUUUCUUCAUACACGUGUCUCUGCCGCUGAAAAAUUCUUUCUUUUCUCGCUCUAUAACUUCAUUGUUUGUUUUCGAUCAACAUCAUCAAACUCCUCGCACUUGGGCUGUUUUUUUCUCAGCUUUUCACCAGAAAAAGCUUCCAUUUUUGCUCAGAUCUUCCUCUUGCUCUUCCUGUUCCUGGGAGGAUACUUGCCAAUUGAUAAACAGUGAAGAAUAGCUCCUCCAUAUAGUUUUAUGAACAUACAGUUACAGAAGUUCCAACAUAAAUGGGAAUCAUCACUCGCAGUUCUGCUGGUAGAAAACCAAGUGAAAUUAUGAGGUUUUUUGUGACAACUUUUAUUAGUAUAGUUUUAGGAUUCUUUAUAGGAGUAUCAGUUCCAACAUUGUCAAUAACAAAGUUGAAUCUCCCAUCUGGCCUGCUUCCCUCCAUUGAUCUUUCUUACAUCGAAGACAGAUAUACAGGUCGCCAGGCUUGGUCUUUUAUGAAUAAUGGUAACAAAAGAAGUUCAUCGCAGGUUCAAUUAUCAAAUGAUACAUCAAAGAUUUGGGUUCCAUCAAAUCCAAGAGGUGCAGAAAGAUUACCUCCCGGCAUUGUUGAAGCUGAGUCGGACUAUUAUUUGCGUAGACUGUGGGGUAAGCCCAGUGAGGAUCUAACGUCCAGGCCAAAUUACCUUGUAACCUUCACUGUUGGCUAUGAUCAGAAAAAUAAUAUUGAUGCAGCUGUGAAAAAGUUUUCAGGGAACUUCACUAUUCUGCUAUUUCAUUAUGAUGGCCGAACUACUGAAUGGGAUGAGUUUGAAUGGUCAAAGCAGGCUAUUCAUGUGAGUGUUCACAAACAGACCAAGUGGUGGUAUGCCAAGCGGUUUCUGCAUCCUGACAUUGUGGCACCAUAUGACUAUAUAUUCAUAUGGGAUGAAGACCUGGGUGUUGAGCAUUUUAAUGCAGAAGAGUACAUAAAACUUGUGAGGAAGCAUGGCUUGGAGAUUUCACAGCCUGGCUUGGAGCCUAAUAGAGGGUUGACAUGGCAAAUGACAAAAAGAAGAGGUGAUCAGGAAGUUCACAAAGUGACAGAGGAGAAACCAGGAUGGUGUUCUGACCCUCAUUUGCCUCCUUGUGCAGCGUUUGUUGAGAUUAUGGCUCCAGUGUUCUCGCGAGAUGCAUGGCGCUGUGUGUGGCAUAUGAUUCAGAAUGACUUGGUCCAUGGGUGGGGUCUUGAUUUUGCUCUUAGAAAAUGUGUUGAGCCUGCACAUGAGAAGAUUGGAGUUGUUGAUUCUCAGUGGAUUGUUCACCAAGGUAUUCCCUCACUAGGGAAUCAGGGUGAAUCUCAAACAGGGAAAGCGCCAUGGCAGGGGGUGAGGGAGCGGUGUAGAAAGGAGUGGACCAUGUUCCAGAGUCGGUUGGCAAAUGCUGAAUACGCGUAUCACAACUCCAUUGGAAUUGAUACAUCUAAUUCCACUGCUCAUUAGGUGACUUCGGCCUAAGUUGACUUGUAAACAUAUUGUUACUACCCUUAGCCUUACGCGUAGAAUUUUCCCUUAAAAAAAAAAAAAUAUUCCUAUGUAACGUUACGUACAUGCAAUGCAAUCACAAUAUAGAGUCCUAGCUAGGGACCAAACAUCAUUUCGAUGUAGAAAUUGCUGUACUUAACAGUGAGUAAAUCUAGUGAAGAGAAUUAUUAUUGCUGCUAACGAAGGUGCUUAUAGGAAAUGGAAAUGCUAGUGAAUCCUUAAAUUGGAGGCUGACAACGAAGUUCUUUAGGGUUUUUGGGAUUAAAGAAAACGAAAUGUCAUAAUUAUCAUACCCUUGGGAUGAGGAGACAGGACUAUUACUAUAAUAGUGUUACAUUUUCUUAUUGUUUUAUUCUACUUGUCAGAUACUGGAAUAAAAAUUUAAAAAUUGAUUUUAUUAUAAAA